ACUGGACUGGAAUCUGGAUAGCUUACCACUGGUCUGUUAUUUGUCAGCGUCACUACGCUGGUGCUAUUCUUCGCCAGCGGUAUGUAUAGCGAGAAGAUUGCCUAUGCGAACAAAUAUGUUCCACAUACCAACAAAGCCCUCCGAUCGUUCAAUAUCUAUCUCAAUGUGCGAAAACCGCCGCUGAGGUCGAAAUUUCAGUUCUGUUAUUGGAACCCUCUUUUGUUCCUUUUCCCCAGACCUAGUUCUUUGACAACUACCUCAGAUGUGUCGAAUCCUUCGACAUCAACUACACAAAUGGGUUUGCGUAAUUCUAGUCGCUCCAGUACACCCAUCAGAGGGCCUGGCUCUCGUACACCCAGAUCCUCCCGUUCGCCUUCUCCGUCACCGCACAAUUCAACCCCCACUAAACGCUCCUCAUCCAAUUCUACAUCUACCAUGAUUCCAAUAUCUCCUAUUCCACCUACUCUCAACCCUCGUGGCGAAUUGAUUCUCUCCUCUCGCAUCGAUAGAGGCUUUCGGGAAAGUUAUGAGAGAUACCGGGCUGCUUUUGAGCGGAAGCGAGAGCUUAAAGAAAGAGAGGAACGGGCGGCCAGGUGGAGACACAAGUUCUGGGCCUGGGUGAUGUUUUGGCGGAAACCUGAACCCGAACCUAAACAUACUCGAACCGCCUCGCUUUUGAGGGGAAAUAGCAGGGGUACACCGCCUGCUCUGAGGACCCCUCCAAGGACACCGCCCCCCUCUUCACCAAGGGGGCGACAUGAUGCCAAUGAUUGUGAACGGAAUGUUUCUCCUUCUCGUGAAGGUCGUAAGGACAAUGCGAAUAUGAGGGCGAUGGCAUUGGAACGGAGUACGAAUCUUAUAGAGAAUAAUAAACAGUACAAGCGGGACCAGUAAUUAUACAUACAUUACUAUGUAUAAUUUCCAGCCCGACAUUACACAGGGUACGUGCAGGGCGAGACUGAGGCCUGAGGCCAGCCGUAUCCUGGGCGCUUAUUUUUUACAUUAA